AUUUAUUCGCCCUCCUGGUCAACAGGGGGCGUAACUCUAUGUUAACCUUCUCAACUGAGGUUUAGUAGUAAGCGACUUAAUCCAACAUGGCGGCUCCCGUCGUUGCACGGCUGGGUUUCAGUGCCCUUUAUAGCAGUUUAUGUGCUCCGAAGCAGGCGCUGAGAGUCUGCUGGGGGGCUGUUGAGCAAGUGAGGGCUUAUUACGUUGACUGGAGGAUGCUGAGAGAUGUCAAAAGAAGAAAGAUGGCCUUUGACUAUGCUGACGAGCGGCUACGGAUCAACUCCCUGAGGAAGAACACCAUCCUGCCUAAAGAGCUUCAGGAGAUGGCAGAUAAAGAAAUUGCUGCGUUACCGCGAGACUCGUGUCCUGUGAGGAUACGUAACAGGUGUGUGAUGACCUCACGGCCGAGGGGAGUGAAACGCAGGUGGCGACUCAGCCGCAUAGUCUUCCGUCACCUGGCCGACCACAACCAAAUGUCCGGUGUCCUGAGGGCCAGGUGGUAACUCCAAAAGACAGCUUUCCGUGGCAUUGUCUGUGGUGUGGUUGAGAAAACACACACACACACGCGAAUCAUUUUUGACAUUAUGACAUUAUGAAGGCCUUCAAGGAAUGGAUCAUGGCAAAAAACUUUUAUUUUUUGUUGGAGUACAAAGUCUUUUUGUUGUCAUGUGCUACAGUAUGUAAACUUUUUCAACAAUAAAACAACAAAAGUCUGUCUUACAGCAGAUUUAAGAUGAAAAUGUCCAUCAGUCUCUCAGUAUAGCAUUGUAAAUAAAUUAAAUGUACUAAAACGUUGGUGUAUUGACUAUUGAUUCAUAUAAAGAUAGCUAGAUCAUCAAUAAACCAGGGGCAUUUUAAAUGGCCUGUUUAAAAAUACUGUCCUUCUCAAAAAUUUAGCAUAUUGUGAUCAUUAUUUUCUGUAGUGUACUGACAAACAUUAGACUUUCAUAUAUUUCAGAUUCAUUACACACAACUUAAGUAGUUCAAGCCUUUUAUUGUUUUAAUAUUGAUGAUUUUGGCAAAAAGUCAAGAAAAAACAAAUUCCUAUCUAAAAAAAAAAAAACAUAUUUCAUCCAACCAAUACAAAAAAAGUCAACCUUCAGUUGAUUAUAUCAGUUAUGCACUCAAUACUUGGUUAGGAAUCCUUGCAGAAAUGACUGCUUCAAUGCGGCGUGGCAUUGCGGCAAUCAGCCUGCGGCACUGCUGAGGUGCUAUGGAGGCCCAGGAUGCUUCGAUAACAGCCUUAAGCUCAUCCACAGUGUUGGGUCUGGUGUCCCUUAACUUCCUCAUCACAAUAUCCCUCAGAUUCUCUAUGGGGUUCAGGUCAGGAGAGUUGGCAGGCCAAUUGAGCACAGUAAUGCGAUGGUCAGUAAACCAUUUACCAGUGGUUUUGGCACUGUGAGCAGGUGCCAGGUCGUGCUGAAGAAUGAAAUCUUCAUCUCCAUAAAGCUUUUCAGUAGAUAGAAGUAUGAACUGCUCCAAAAUCUCCUGAUAGUUGCAUUGAACCUGCCCUUGAUAAAACACAGUAGACCAACACCAGCAGCUGACAUGGCACCCCAGACCAUCACUGACUGUGGGUACUUGACACUGGACUUCAGGCAUUUUGGCCUUUCCUUCUCCCCAGUCUUCCUCCAAACUCUGGCGCCUUUAUUUCCGAAUGUCAUGCAAAAUUUGCUUUCAUCUGAAAAAAGUACUUUGGACCACUGAGCAACAGUCCAGUGCUGCUUCUCUGUAGCCCAGGUCAGGCGUUUCUGCCACUGUUUAAGGUUCAAAAGUGGCUUGACCUGGGGAAUGUGACACCUGUAGCCCAUUUCCAGCACAUGCCUGUGCACGGUGGCUCUGGAUGUUUGUACUCCAGACUGAGUCCACUGUUUCUGCAGGUCCCCCAAGGUCUGGAAUCGGCCCUUCUCAGGGUGCGGUCACCUCUUCUGGUUGUGCUGCGUUUCCUGCCACACUGCUUCCUUCCCACUGAGGUGCCUUGAUACAGCACUCUGGGAACAGCUUAUUCGCUCAGAAAUUUCUUUCUGUGUCUUAGCCUCUUGCUUGAAGGUGUCAAUGAUGACAAUCGGGUCGGCAGUCUUGCCCAUGAUUGCGGUUUGGAGUAAUGAACAAGGCUGGGAGUUUUUAAAAGCCUCAGGAAUCUUUCGCAGGGGUUUUGAGUUAAUUUGUUGAUUCAGAUGAUUAGGUUAGUAGCUACUUUAGAGUACCUUUUCAUGAUGUGCUAAUUUUUUUAGAUAGGGAUUUUUGUUUUUUCUUGACUUUUUUG